UCAUUCAGGAGAGCAGAAAACCUCAAUAAAAAUAUAAUACCAAACUCUAAAACUUUAAUAAAUAAUUUAUUAGUAUUAAAUUCGAAGUACAAUGUUAUUUCAAAGAUGGAGAAUUUGGAAAUUUUCAAAAACUUGAAAGAAUUAGAUUUAGGAUUGAAUGAAAUUUCGAAAAUUGAAAAUAUUCACCAAACGAGAUUGUUAAAGAAAUUAGACAUAUCAGGUAAUGGAAUAAAACAACUUGAAAAUUUAAGAGGAUUGAAAGCGUUGGAAGUACUCAAUUUAUCGAAAAACAAAAUAAAAGUAAUUCAAGAUACUGAAAAUUUGCACUCAUUAAAAGAACUGAAUCUAUCAUUCAAUAAAAUUAGAACUCUACACAAUUUGGAUAAAUUAAAAUAUUUG